AUGGGAGUGCAGAGGGAGGGGCCGGGACCUGUCUGUUCCUCCCCUCCACCCCUCCACCCCUCCACCCUGGAGAAUAGCUCCAUUAACUCAGCCUUUUGUUUGACUGAACAGACCAAACAGACCAAACAGACUGAACAGACCAAACAGACCAAACAGAUCGAACAGACCAAACAUACCAAACAGAUUGAACAGACUGAACAGAUUGAACAGAUCGAACAGACAAAACAGACCAAACAGACCAAACAGACUGAACAAAUCGAACAGAUCGAACAGACUGAACAGACCAAACAAACCAAACAGACCGAACAGACCGAACAGAUCGAACAGACUGAACAGACCAAACAGAUCGUACCGACUGAACAGAUCAAACAGACCAAACAGACCACCAAACAGACUGAACAGACCAAACAGACCGAACAGAUUGAACAGACUAAACAAACCAAACAGACUGAACAGACAAAACAGACCAAACAGACUGAACAGACCAAACAGACCAAACAGAUCGAACAGACCAAACAUACCAAACAGAUUGAACAGACUGAACAGAUUGAACAGAUCGAACAGACAAAACAGACCAAACAGACCAAACAGACUGAACAAAUCGAACAGAUCGAACAGACUGAACAGACCAAACAAACCAAACAGACCGAACAGACCGAACAGAUCGAACAGACUGAACAGACCAAACAGAUCGUACCGACUGAACAGAUCAAACAGACCAAACAGACCAUCAAACAGACCAAACAGACCGUACAGACUGAACAGACCAAACAGAUCAAACAG